AACCUCUUUGCUACCUACUAAUUACUAAACAGAUCAUCAUUGUAUUGCUAGCUAGUAGCAUGUCAAUCAUGAACAUAAAAUAUAAUAAACAACCAUCACAACUCUUCUUUCUAUUUCAACAUUCAAGAAAUCGGGUUGCAAUAGGCAUUCAAGAAAAAUGAUCAAUUAUUCAAUCAAAUGAGGUAUGUCCUAAGUCCAACCAAUGAACCCUUAUAAUUAUAUUUUAUAUAUUUAAAUAAAAGUAUAUGACGACCCUUCUCCUUGAAAAACAAAGAAAAAAUACAUUCACUCAUCGAGAGUGGGAAAAUUUACCAUCCAGUAGUUAUAAUUUGGAAAAAAUUAAGAAAAGAACGGGAAUAAGAGUAUAACUCGGCCAGUCAACCGCAAACAAUAACGUAUCACUGAGAAAGUGAGACCAAUUGCCAGCUUCAGAUCAAGGAGGAAGAGGGAGCAGUCGACAACCCUCGGCUUGGUUCACCUCAUCUUCACAAUGAUCAGAUGAAAUUUUUUCGUUAACAGGCAAAAAUAUGUUACAACUGUUCAAAAUUUUGUCAUCUAAUCGUUGCCUCGUGAAACUCCUGCCUCCUAUUCUCAUACAAAGAAAAAAAAUCAUAUGCAUUACCAUUUCCUUCUCUAUAAAUUAUGAGAAUACAAAUAUUAGAAAUCUCAAAAAAAAAAUAACAACUAAUAAAAGGGUUUUGUUUAUUUUUAUGGUGGUUGACAUACUUUCUUGAUUUCUUAUUUUCAAAGUUGGAUUUUAUUUCUAGUGAGACAAUCAAAAUGGGAAAAGGGACAGAAACAAAUUAAAAGUUUGCAUUAAUAAUUAAUAUUUUAUUUAAUCGGAAUAAAUAAGAAGUUAUUUAAAAAAUAAAAAUUAUUGCUCUGUCAAGUUUUUAUUCAAACAUUUUGCUAUAAAAUUUAUACUUGUUUUAUUUGAUAGGUAUAUACAUUAGAAAGAAGUGAGUAUUUGAUAGCAAAAAAACAUAUAGUUAUAUCGAUCAUUUCUCAAAGUCGAUUGAUUAUCAAACACUUGUUUUCUCUUAGACCAUCGUUUAUAUUUUGUUUAAUUGAAAAUAUUAUUAUUUAUGCGUGUGUGUUUUUUUUUUCUUCAUCAAAAUGUUUGGUAUUAUUAAAUUUUAUUAAAAAUGAGUAGAAAAUUUACUUAAUCAGAUUUAAUUAGCUUGGAUUAAACAAUUACGAUAUAUCACUCUCUGUUUCCAUCUUUAUAGUUUGUUUAAUUAAAAAAAAGAUGAUUACUUAUGUAUGUAUUUGUUUGUUUAAAUGUUUCCUAAAAAAUUAACUUAUUUUAAUUUUAGUAAAAAUGAGUAUAAUUAUUAAAAGAAGAGAGAGAUAGCUUCAUAAAUAGGUCAAUAAAUAGUAUUUUGUUUGUAAAAAAAAUUGUCCACCUUGCCAACUUGUGCAUUCACCAAGUGCUUAUGUGACAAGAACUUAUUUUUGAAUAGCCAUAAUAUUUAGUAUAGAUAUAGAUAGAUAGAUAGAUAGAUAGAUAGAUAGAUAGAGAGAUAGAUAUAGAUAGAUAGAUAGAUGAUUGACAAUUAAUAUACAUAAAGUUAAAUACCGGUUAUUGUUGCCUAAUCUUAAUAUGAUUGGUUGGGCCUGUUUUAUUGGGCUUAUAAUUUAUCUUCGUUGGGCUUGAUUUGAUGGACUCAGGGAACGCUAUUGGGAUUUAUUGUCGUCAGCGCUCUCCCUAUGCCCCUCCUGCCUGCCUCCUCAAUCCUCAUAGCCUUUAGCGCCUCUGCCAUGACUUUUAAUUUAUUUUCUUUCUUUGUUAUUCACUUAUUCUCAUUUUUCUUCUUCUUCUUCUUCCUUUGGGGUACGAUUGGUGGUCUCACACGGAGACAAUGAGAUUAUUCCAAUUUCACUACAAAUUUGAUAUUACAGAGCUUUGAUUAAUUAAGAUAUUUCUAAAGCAGUAAGAUAUUUGAAUAUAGCUCUAAUCAAACACGGGUUGGAUGGUAUAAACUACAACUUCUUCUCAUAUAUAAUUGUUCGAGGACUGUUAGUUUCUAUGGUUGCGGCUGAUGUUCGUUUAGCUAUAAGUAGCUAAAUUAAUGUUUCCAUGGAGAGAGUUGCCACUUGGAUAUAAUUGUCUUCCCAUCCAGCAUACAUUCUUAAAGCACAUAGACUUAUAAUUAUUUGAUUAGAUGGAUUCGAGGAAGGAAGAUGUGAUUAUAAGCAACUUGACAUACAAUGCAUUUGUCAUGUUUUAUGAAUCAUGAUCGUCGACAUAUCACUUUAAUAAAUAUUAAAGAAUUUUGUUUGAGUUCAAUCCAACCAAUUUAAGCUAUUUUGGGAUUCCUAACCAUGACCAUAAAUCAUGUAGCAUCAUGUUAAUUAUAUGUUUUAUAAGUAUUACAAUCAUAGUUGUAGUAAUUAUUUUUGUUCGUGUAGCACUAUUAUUUCGACGCAUUUAUCGUGGUAGUUAUUAUUUUUGCAAUUGUAAUCGUUGUGUUUUUCAGUUGUAGGAUUACAAUUCCAAUACAAAUUAUUACUAUUCAUAUUGGUAUAGUGUUAACCUACUAUAGGAUUAGCAUAAUAUCCAGCUAUUUUGUUAUUUAUGUCAAGGUCCAUCAAUCAAAACGCGGGCAAACAAACAUACUGAUUUACGCACUCCAUUGCCGCUGCAAAAUGGUUUUGCAGCAUGCCCGUCCUAGUAAUAUAUGUAUACAUAAAUGCAAUAGAUUGGAAUUGUUUGAUAAUUGCUUGAAAUUGGUUUCGUUUUGUUGUUGAACACCUCGAAUUGGAAUAUGCAGAUUUUGGGUUAAUUGCUCGGGUUAAUAAUGAGCUUAGAGGUCUUUAUAACUCCACUAUAUGUGGUAACGAAAUACGUGAAAUAGUAUAACAGAAAGAUUCUGGUGGUGAUUAUAUUAAUCAAAAUUUUAUUAGGUGUUAACAUCUCUCUUGCUAAAUUGGAUGUUUAUGUAGUCUUUUGUCUUUUCAUUUACCUUCUUCCUUUAGAUUUCUCCAAGAGGUCAUGUGAUUAUUAUUAUUUUCUUAAGUUCACUAUUUUCCAUCAGUUUGGUUUGCUAAUGAAGCAUUUCGUCUUUUUCUUUUAGUUCUCAAUUGAGAGAGAUAGAUAAUUUGUUUGGUGAUAUCAUUAGAUAUUGAUGUAUGAUGGAAUUGAAAUGAGUUUUAGGUAUUGUUUUUAAUUCGUUCACUUUUGUUUGGGAUUCAUUGUCUCAUUGAUCAUGCAUUGUCCUUUCUGUUUUAGUGUUGCUUCUAAUUAUAGUUGUUCUAACAUAUAACUCAAAAAACAGUUGAUUAUUUGAUUUUUAAAGAAUUUUUUGGGAUAACAUUUCUUAAGCAAUUUUAAAUAAUAGAUCUCUAAUUGUGCACCAAAUUUGAACUUCACAAUUAGAAUUGGGAAGACACAACACAUGUAUAACUAAGUUAAAAAAAACAUAUACUACAUUCAGUUAUAAUCAUCUAUUGUAUCCAUAUUCAUUUUUUACUACUUUCCCGGCCAACACUAGCUAAUAUAAGCCAAUGACAAGAUAUAGCUUUUGCCACAUCAGCCCGCUGCUGUAACCGCCGCACAAUUCAGAGAGUUUUUCUCGUAAUUUGCCCAAUCCUUUUAUUUCACACAUUUUUCUUCCAAUUUCUCACCGAAAGUCGACCUCUCUUUCUCGCUUGCCGUCUCAACCCCUUAUGUAUUCGAAGCCCCACCACAAAAUCGAAGUCCUCACUCGCUGUCCAACAUAAAAUUGAAGACCUCUCACUUAAUCGAAUUCUGAUCAUUCUCCUAGUUGCCGCCUUCUCAGUAUUCCCUAUUUUGGGUUGUCGGUGUUUUGUUGUCGAUCUGUUUUGUUGUCGUUUGUGUGUCUCCGACCUGUUGCCAAUUUGUCAUUCUCGUCGUCCGUCCCGCUUUGUACUCUCUCUAGCAGCGAAGUAUUCCCAAGUCAUCAUGGGCAACCCGCCUCUCUAGCUCUUGAUGUUUGUCUCACCAGAAAUUGAAAUUUCAUCCUUCCCACUCUCUUUUCAGGGACAAAGUAUUCCCAAGCCAUCUUGGGUAACCCGCCUAUCUCGCUGCUAAGAGUAGAGAAACCUCGCAUAGCACCUAUUCAGAGCUAUAUUAGAUGUUGGUGGUUCUAGUUUUUCUUUGUUUUUUUAUGGGCCUUUAACCCUGAGGUAUGCUCUUGCUCUAUUUUGUUAAGGUUUUUUCCGCCUCUUGUUUCCUUGGAUUUUUUCCAACUCUAGGCAGUUCGCUACAAUCUUGUCCAUCGCCUCGUAAUACCGCGUUGAGAUUCACUAUAAUGGGUUGUCUUCGAACAACUCGCAGGAGGAGACAAUGUGGUAUUGCUUUGUUCAAUUGCCAUGAUCAAGUAUGUAUUGGACAAGUCAGAGCUUGUUUUGUGUUAUUCUAAUGAAUGAGGUUGCAAAGGGUGUUCCGGAUGCUCCAUGUUUUGGCUCAGAAAGAAUAUCCCCUUGUUUGGUUUGAUCAUACUUUGCUUUCUUUAGUCCUUAGCUUUUCCUUGUUGUCUUGGUUUGCCCUUCUUGACAUUGAAGCUAUCUCUCUUGUAUCCACGUUUCAUGUUGUUAUCCCUACUUUCUAACUUGAUUUAUCUUAUGGACAAUAUGGCUCAUUUGCUUCGUGGAUAAUAACGAAUAUUAAAUGCAAACUUAAUAUGCACUACAAGUUGGUCAUUAGUAAAUGAAAGAGGAUAAGUUGGUGAUUAGUUUAAUAAGUAGGGUUAAAAUUGUACAAAGUCAUCAUGGACUUUGUACCCCAACACAAAUCCCACCUCUUGGGGUGGAAUUCUCAAGUCUGUGGGGUCCACGGAUUUGGACCAUAAACGUAUGUGGGCCCCACGGAUUUAUUCAUGCUAAAUCAAUCAUGCAAACGACAGAUUGUGUACAAUGUCCAUGAUGCUUGAUUUUUACGUACAAAAUUCAUGAUGAAUUUCAUGAAACAAACAAGGCCUAAGUGAUUCCUUUGUAAGAUAACCUACUAUAAUUGAUUUGAUGACUUGGAUAAGGGGUAGGAAUGGCGAUUUGAACCCACCUUGCUGGGUAUUACCCUGCCUGACUUGCGAUGAGGCGGGUAUUAUUCGAUACGGAGUACUGUGGAGGAACAUGGGUAUCUACUUCCGACUAGGCUUGCCCCGUUAUUAGCUCAUUCUAUCUUAAUUCUUAAUAUCUAUUCACAUUUCUUACUUUGAUUUUUUUCAACUGGUUAAACUUGAUUUGUCAACUUGUUACACUCAAAUACCCAUUAUAUUAUCUCUAUUUUCAUUCAUAGAGUGUUUUUCCUUCGUUUUAUCGUAAACAAUAACAUUUUGCUUAGGGCUGGCCAUUCGGUUAUCGGUUGCCGGUUAACCGGCCGGUUAAACCGAUAACCGGAAGUUACCGGUUAACCGACUAACCGAAAAAAGAGGCUUCGGGCGGUUGGCGGUAGCGAGCAUGGUCGUGCCGGUUAACCGGCUAACCGACACAACUAGCCGGCCACAAGCAAAAUGACGCCGCCGACUGUUUCUCUCCCUGCCUCUACCCUAAAUCCUAAUUCGAGCAGCAGACCCUCGCCUCAAAUCCCUAAUCGAAGAGACGAAGACCCACACCUUCCGCUCCCACCUUCCUCCUCCCACCACCAACCUAUUCUGGCACCGGCAUCCCCACCCCAGCCGGCAGCCGCGACCAGCCUCCUCUGCUCUGCCGCCCCAUUCUCCCUUCUCCCUCCCCGACUAUUAAAAGUCGGCGGCUACAGUGCUGUGACUCAAUUGUCAAUUAUCACCUACCGCCCCCUGCCCUACCCUUCCCUCUUCCUCCCGUCCAUAUUUAUUCACCCACAAAUCCUCCCAAUUCCCAGAUUGCAGAGUUCCCUUGUUUCCCACUAGAACCCAGAAAGCAAGAAACAUAAUUUCAAAAUGGCAGCGGGUAAUCAUACCUUCAUCACCAGGCAGAGGGAUGGCAGGAUUCGACUUCAACGACGCCAGGCCGCUGCCUUUCCUGAGCGCGCCGGCUUCCCCGCGGCGGUUCGGCGACCUCACCCUCAGCGCCCCGACGAGCCCGGGCCGGGUGGCAGAUUUCUACCGGAGCUUCGAGAACUUCUCCGAGUAUGACGGCGGCGGCGUCCCUUUCCACUGGGAAGAGAUACCAGGGACGCUGAAAUCGCCCAAGAAGCUGCCUUCCUCAAAAUCAUCGCCCAAAGCCCCAAAUGAAAGUUUUAGUUUUUCUGGUCGGUUGCUUCGGUUAACCGAGCAACUAACCGGUAACCGACCGGUCGGUUGCCGGCUAACCGAAGCUUCCCUUCGGUCGGUUGGCGGUAAGCAUAUCGUAUACCUCGGUUAACCGGUAACCGACUUUUCGGUUAUCGGUUAUAACCGAACUAACCGAAAAUCCAGCCCUAAUUUUGCUUAUAUUUUUUCAAAUACAUGUAAAAGUGCGCACUCUGACUCGCGCUUAGUACGCACCCCACUUCACCCGUUUUCCAUCAUUAAUGAGGGGUUGAUAGCGUAGUAUCCUACCACUUUUCAAUGUUUGAUUAGUAUACAAUAUGGAUUUUAUAACCUGAAAAGGGAUGAUGACUAGGGGUGAAAUAGGGCCCAACCCAACCUUGCCUCGACCCUACAGGCUACAACUCCCCUAAAAACCCCGAGUGUAUAGGUUAAGUAUCCAACCUCGUUCGACCAAGCAAAUUCUCCUUUGACCCUGUCAGGCCCGUAUGGUAAGGCUGGGUCGGGUUGCACCAUCAACCAAGUUUUUAAGUUUUAACCCAUUCAACCCACUUGCUUUUGAUAAUUUCAUCUCACUUUAAUUUAAUAUGAUACUAAAUUCCAAUAAAUUUAAAACUAUAAA